CAGCAACCAGAAAUUUUAAUUAUUGGUCACUAAUUAGCGAAAAGAGGAAGUUAGAACAAUCGAAAGAAAAAUAAAACAUGUAUAUCAUGACGAUAUAAUAAAAACCCGGUGGCGCGACCUCUACUAGCGAACCUUAUCUCUUUAAAAUGGGAAAUCUGUGCCAGGCAACUCUCUCGGCCAUGGUCGGUGCUUCAGGCGUAUGGAAUUUCAAGGCACUCGAAAGCACUCGCAGAGGAUUGACAGUCACGGCUAGGCAAUAAACGGCCAGUUUUUGGAGUAUUGGAAUUCAAGCUCCAUUCAACGUCCUAAUGUCAGAGCCAACUGCACAAAUUCAAGACGAUAGUCGGAAAGAUGGCCUUGUCAACGACAUCAUAGAAUCUAUAAUGACUCCAGGUUACACUCCAAAUAGCGUCAUACAAUUAAUGUACAAAGCGUUUUAUGCAUUGUUCUUUACAUUGUUUUUGUUGCUGCUUGGAACAAAUGGCAAUUUGCAUGUUUUGGCGCUCUUGAUAAUUUCAAUUUGCCUGUUCCUGUCGGUUCGCUGGUUCAUCAAUGAGAUGGAGACGAUGAAAAUAGCUGAGGCGAAGGAUAAAAGCGACCAGACGAAAUCUGGAAAAGUGGAGUGAGCUUUUGCCGUUUAGUUCAUGAAAUAGAUCAACAUCGCUAGUUAUUCGCUUUUGUUUCUUUGUAACAUCAA